ACGGUGUUGAAUCUGAAAGUGAAAACCGAGAACAAAUCAUCCUCAAGUCCCAGCUCCACCCUUGCUCAAGAUCUCAGACCAGUUAACAGCGUGUCAAGUGUGAUUCAACCGAAAAUGUUCAAAGUGGUCGUUUCCCUCGUUGCUCUGGUGGUGGCUAUCGCGGCCGUCGUGUCGGCAGCCCCAGCAUCCGAUGAUGCGUCGGCCACGAUCUUGACGCACGAAUCGCGCCUUGAACCGGACGGUGCGUACUCGUACAAGUACGCCACGAGCAAUGGCAUCCAGGCGGAGGAAAGCGGAAUCGGUGGACAGUCGGUGCAGGGUUCGGCCUCGUGGGUCGGUGAUGAUGGUGUACCGAUCGUACUGACCUACACCGCCGACGAGAAUGGAUUCCGCCCUCAGGGUGUGCACCUACCGACGCCACCACCAAUCCCGGAUUACAUCCUCCGUGCGCUCCGGUACAUCGAGGCCAAGCAGGCUGGCCAGAAUGGUCGCAAGUGAAGUCCUUCCACCACCAUCGAUCGUGUAAAUGCAGAUUAACUACGCUUCCUUUCAAGCACAGCAACAUUCCAUCCCAAAGUGUCUUCACCUCACCGUACUCCAAGCAGCAGCCUGUCUGCCAUCUCUUCUCCUCCGACGAGCAUUAUCAUCGCACCAUAUCUGACCGCGCUGGCCAGUG